AUGGCAGGUCUCGUCACGGCGUCGUGGUACGCGCCGUCCGAGGCGUUGACCUCGUCAACGGGACCCACGCCGGUCAACGUUGACCUCGUCGCCUCGUCGGACCUCUCUGAUUCGUCCGUCGCUUCGACGAUUUCUACCUCCGGCGACUCUUCCGCUGCUGCCGCUAAAUCCGCGAAACCGGUGCCGGCUGCAGUCCAUGCGCCUCCCGCUCCCCGCGACGCUGCUACGCCCAUUGCCCCGCGCGCGUGCCCUCGGCCGGUCGUGCUGAGCGCGUACGACGGCGUGCUCGACCCCGACCUGUUCGAGGCAACCGGCGAGUUGGGGCGCGGCGGGUUCGGCACAGUGGUGGCGAUGCGGCGAGUGGAGAGCGGCGAGGUGGUGGCGGUGAAGCGCGUGGCGCGCAAGCAGCUGGUGGCGGCGUCGAACGAGGCGAUGCUUUCGGCGUCGCUGAGCGAGUGCCCGGGCGUGCUGGGCGUGCGCGAGGUGCAUCUCGCCGACCACCACGCGUACAUGCUCUCCGAUGUCUGCCACGGCGGCGACCUCCGCGCGCUGCUGCAGCGACGCAAGGCUGCCGCCAGCGACAACGCGGGGGACGCGGAGAGAGGCAAGGGGAGGCGUGUGGUGAAGCACGUGGGCGACGCCGUGGCGUUCUGCCACGAGCGAGGCGUGGUGCACUGCGACAUCAAACCUGAUAACAUCCUCUUCGCCCACCCCACGCCCCUCUCCGCGCCCUCGCCUUUCUCCGCCUCCGCUGCUCCUGCUGCGCCUGCGCGCGCCUCUCCUGCUGCCCCCCGCCUGGCCGCGGGGGCAGUGCGGCUGGCGGACUUUGGGCUGGCGCAGGUGGUGGGGGAGGGGCAGCGCGGGUGCACCAUUCCCGCAGGCACGCCCGGGUACGUGGCGCCUGAGGUGGAGGCUCUCUGCCGCCCUCGCUGCCCGCCCGCCCCGCGCGCCGCCAAGCGCGCCAGAAAAGCAGCGGGGAGAGCGGAGGUAGGAAGCGCAGAGGCAGUGGGGUAUGGGCGCGCAGCUGACGUGUGGUCGCUGGGGGUGACGCUGUACGAAAUGAUUGCGGGCGAGCGACCUUACUCAGGGGAGGCGCCUCAGCAGGGCGAGUGGCGGGCGCCAGUGGAGGGGGCUGCGUGGGAGGGCGUGUCUGAGGAAUGCCGCGCGCUGGUGAGCGGCAUGCUGAGAGUGCGCGUGGAGGAGAGGCUCACCAUGGCGCACGUGUGCAACCACCCCGCCAUGAUCCGCGCCUUCGGGGUAGCGGGGGGAGCAGCGCAGGGAAGAGCACGAGUGGCAGGUGGUGGUGAGCGUGACGGGUGGAGAAGAGGGAGGCGGGGGUUAUUGUCGAGGGAAGGGGGCAGCAGCGGGGGGAAAUGCAGCUGGUGUGGCGUGACGGUGGGGUGA